UGUCCCACGAGCGAGCGCCGAUGAUCUGGGCUUGUGACGUCAAUUGGUGAACCGGCUGUUGUGUCAACACAAGUGUUUACAGUGCUAGGCGAGUUUGUUAGGCAUGCGAACGGCGAGAAAAUGCCGAAAAGAUGCGUUGUUACCGGUUGUAACAACAUAGGAGAUAAGGAAAAAGAAAUAAAUAUCGUUGCAUGCAAUUUCUUAUUCGGCGGACGAACGGUCCGAAGCGAAAAAAAACCCGAAAGAAAUGGACUGACUUCGUACUAAGCCUCAAACGUGCAAAAUGGACGCCGACGUCGUAUUCAGUCAUAUGUUCUGAGCAUUUCAAGCCCGAGGAUUUUUUGCGACGGUUUUCCCAUGUCGAAGGUGAAAGCUUCGUUGGCAACAGAUGGCUCAAAAGGGACGAGAUCGGAAUUUGUGUAUUCCCAACAAUCAUGCCAUCAGCUGACGCACAGAAAGUUUCAGACAGAUACAAGAGAAUGGUAUGCUAAUUUUGUAUUUUAUACAUAAUUGUGCAUAACUUGAAUUUGUUUGACUAAACUGAUUUAAUUAAUAAACAUAUCAUUAUAUAACAUGCUAACACUUAAACUGAUAUACAGUAAUUGGGUAAAGCGUAUAAGAAAGACAAUUUCGUUUAGUCUGUGAGAGCUUUCUUUGUCAUUAUUAAUAAUUCUGUCUUCAGACUUCAGCCUUGCAGAUUUUUGUAAUUUCCGUGUGCAAUUUGAUACAAUAUUAUACAGUGAUAUAAUUCUCCAUCUAUGUCUCUUGCUAUGCCUAUGUUUUAGUGAAGUCAAUAUGCCCACUAUGACCCAUAGGUGUGUAUUUAAGAUGUCUGAGGAGGGUAUCAUAUUUGACUGUCAAAAUAAUUAUAGUGAAAUAUUGAUCAAUGCAUACCAUGUACCCAUGUAUAUAUAUAUCCAUGUUUGAUUUGUACAGAUUAAGUCGAAGAAAUAUUUCAAACUUUUCUCAAUGUUACCAAAGAUGAUCUUAAAAAGGCAGCCAAGCAACUCAAAGAGUACGGUGUCUUUGCAAAGUGUUGCCCACUGCCUAUGGCCCAUAGAUAAGUUACCCAGUAUGCUUGCUGUUAAUAUAAAUCUUUUUGUUACUGUAGUUUCACUACUACGUUGUUGAACAGAGCCAAAAGAAGUCUAAAGCAGCACCAAAAUGCAGGGCAUGUGAACAACCCAUGAAAGGACACAAGUUUGUUACAGACUGUCCAAGGAAUGAAAGGAGCACAUCAUAGUGUAUUAUAUGGAUAAGGCAUUUGAGGAGGGAGGGCAUAUUGGGAGGGGGUUUUUUUUUUCAGAAGGGCAUAUUAGUAUUAUUCAGGAUGUUGGGGAUUUAUAAUAGAGAUUGGGGCUUAUAUUACAGCAGGAAGGGUCUUAACAGAGGGGAAAUAUUUGGAAGGGUGGUGCUUAUUAGGGAUGGAGCUUACUAGGGAGGGUGGCGCUUAUUAGGAGAGGACUCAAUAGAGUGGGUACUUUAUAAGGAGG